AUGAGGAAGGGCGAUACAGAACUGAAGAAGCAACGGAUGUCGAUGGUUAUGGAUCCAUUUUAUCCCAGUGAGCCGUCCCAAUCACCGCAUAGCUCUGCUUCAACCGUAAGCCCAGGACUCGACGAAAGUUACAAUGACGCUGGUGGCGAGCUGACCGCAGGAACUCCAACAACCUCAGUGGGUGCCCUCUGCACUGUAUUAGUGAUAAAACUGGUGGUGGUCGUGAUGAUAUUGGACCAGCUAGGAAGCGAUGUCGUCGAGAUUCACCGAGGCAACACCACCAAGCAAAAGUAG